AUGGGCAUUCUGUCCAGCCCGAGGUUCGACAUUCCAUUAGCCACCUAUCACCCCUCCAAGUUGGUCGCCACGCAACUGUGGAAAAUAUACGUAGACAACGUGGACCCCUGUUCUAAAAUCCUGCAUAUCCCAACCGAUGAAGUCGUCGUCUUUACCGCCAUUGAUGAUCCGAUCAACGCAUCGUCGGACGCCAUGGCGCUGUGUUUUGCCGUGUACUACGCCGCCACCAUUGCGCGAGACGCUGACACGGCGCAAGGGGUCGUGCGAGAAGAGAUGUUGCCAAACCUACAGCAGUUCAAGACGGGGCUGGAACUCGCCUUUGCCCAUGCCGACUUUUGGAGAACCCGACUCUCAUAUUAUUGCAAGCUUUGGGGAUUUACGUCACCGCUUUGCGCGUACAAAAUUCCGGCCGGGCUUGGGUUGUCGGUCUUCGACUCCGAGAUUCGUCGUCGCGUCUGGUGGCAUUUCAUCGGCAGGGACGGCCGCGCGGCCGAGGAUUAUGGGUUCCAAAACGUCCACAGCCCCAGCCUCAUGUCCGGCGCUGCCCUGCCGCUGAAUCUGGACGACGCCGACCUCUACCCCACCAUGGAAAGGCUGCCCCCGCCACGGGUAGGCUGGACGCGCAUGACCAUGGCCAUCGUCUCCAUCGACGUGGCAAAAACGUGGUCCAAGAUGCUGCAGCUGGACUGCUCGCCCGCCAACGCCUCGGUCGAAGCCACCCGCGCCGAAAUCGUGGGCGACUUGCGCAGGAGGACGGAAAAGAUUCUGCAAUAUUGCACGCCCGUGGUUCCGCAGCAGCGCAUGACGGUACGGAUCGCGCGGCUGAUUAUGCGGAAGCUGGACGUUGUUACGCGUCAGCAGUGGCAGGCCAUGCGCCCUUCGACGGGGCAGAGGCUCUUGCUCACCGAAGAGACUCUGAUGGAUGCCGUGAGCGUGCUGGACGAGGCGGAUAGUAUUCCGAACGCGGCCCGGGCUUUCGACGCCGUGGAAGAUCAUUUGGCGCAGAUACGGCUGCAGCAGGACGCGUCGAUCCGAGGGUCCAAGUGGAUUGUCCUGAUGGCUUUGAAGUCGAAAGCCAUAUCCAUGAGGGCCAAGAGCCAAAAUCCCGAGGCUAGUGAGUCGAACGCGGGAAGGGUGGCCUGCUCGAGCCGGCCUGCCGAUGCUGUUACCCGGGAUGUAUCCCCGAGCGGUGGCGGGGUUGUAGACGUCACUGUUGGAAUGCGCCCUUUGACCAGGGGCUUCCGGACUGGCUUACGCUUGUGCAGGACUUGCAGCUGGAUUCCACAGACUUUUCUCUCAUCUUUUGAUAGCCUGGAUCUUGCAGACAGAAUCCGAGCAAAGGCGCACGAACAAACCCAGAUUCCAACUCGUGUCUGCGCGGGUGUGGACAGGGAAAAACGGGAGGAUUAA